AUGCGAAAACCGCUCUCCACCAGGGCUGAGCGCGGCGACAGCGGCUUCACCACCGGGUUCAUCAUGGGCGGCGUCGUGUUCGGGGCGCUCGGCUUCCUCUUCGCUCCUCAGAUCAGCCGCGCGCUGCUGGGUGACGACUCCCGGCUGCGGCUGCCGCGUUUUAUGGAGGAGGAGGCACCAAAGGACCCCGAGGCCACCAAGCAGGAGCUCAUUGACAAGAUUGCACAGCUCAAUGCCUCGAUCGACGAGGUGGCCGCAACCCUCAAGGCCAAGGACACAGAGCCCCUCGUUCAGAGCUGA